UAUGCUAGCUCACAACCAGGAAAUAUGGGGAAUUUAUUUCUAACAGACAGGUUCUGAGGUCGGAUAUAUAUGAUGCAUAGACAAUCACUUCUGUAGGAGGAGGUGGAAACGUCUUUUUUUGUCAUUUAUUUUUUUUCGCCGAUAAGGUCGCCCAAGAGUACACCUAUAGCAUCUGGCUGUUUGAAAGAACGGGGACGCUUAUAAAGCUGUCCUCUGGCCAGACCAUUUCACAUCAUUUGCGUUCCAAUUUCUUCUCCAAAGGUUGCUAGUUAGCUAGCAAACCCACCUUAGACUCUGGAGCAGGAAACUGAGGAGAGUAUGGCCAUGACGGGAGGGACUGCCGCCCCCCUCCCCAUGAGCAGCCAUACACGCGAGAGAGUGACGGUGGCCAAACUCACGCUGGAGAACUUCUACAGCACGCUGCUCACGCAGCACGAGGAGCGCGAGAUGAGGCAGAAGAAGCUGGAGAAGGUGAUGGAUGAGGAGGGCCUGCUGGACGAUGAGAAGGUGACGCGGCGAUCUCAGCACGCCCGUAAGGAGACAGAGUUCCUGCGGCUCAAGAGGACGAGGCUCGGCCUGGACGACUUCGAGUCCCUCAAGGUCAUCGGCAGGGGAGCCUUUGGAGAAGUUCGGUUGGUGCAGAAAAAAGACACGGGGCACAUCUAUGCAAUGAAGAUUUUAAGAAAAGCAGACAUGUUGGAGAAAGAACAGGUGGCCCACAUCCGGGCCGAGCGAGACAUCCUGGUGGAGGCGGACGGAGCCUGGGUGGUCAAGAUGUUCUACAGCUUCCAGGACAAGAGGAACCUCUACCUCAUCAUGGAGUUCCUGCCUGGAGGCGACAUGAUGACCUUGCUGAUGAAGAAGGACACUCUGUCGGAGGAGGCUACGCAGUUCUACAUCGCAGAGACCGUGCUGGCCAUCGACUCCAUCCACCAGCUGGGCUUCAUCCACCGUGACAUCAAGCCAGACAACCUGCUGCUGGACUCCCGGGGACACGUCAAGCUCUCUGACUUUGGCCUCUGCACGGGUCUGAAGAAAGCCCACCGCACAGAGUUCUACAGGAACCUCAACCAUAACCCGCCUAGUGACUUCUCCUUUCAGAACAUGAACUCCAAGAGGAAAGCAGAGACGUGGAAAAAGAACAGGAGGCAGCUGGCGUACUCCACUGUGGGCACCCCAGACUACAUCGCCCCAGAGGUCUUCAUGCAGACGGGCUACAACAGGGUGUGCGACUGGUGGUCUCUGGGCGUCAUCAUGUAUGAGAUGCUCAUAGGCUACCCACCCUUCUGCUCGGAGACGCCACAGGAGACCUACAGGAAGGUCAUGAACUGGAAGGAGACGCUGGUCUUUCCUCCCGAGGUGCCCAUCUCGGAGAAGGCCAAGGACCUGAUUCUCAAGUACUGCACAGACGCAGAGAAUCGGGUUGGAGCCACGUCGGUGGAAGAGAUCAAAAGCCAUCCGUUCUUCGAGACGGUGGACUGGGAACACAUCAGGGAGAGACCAGCUGCCAUCUCCAUAGAGAUCAAGAGCAUCGACGACACUUCCAACUUUGACGACUUCCCAGAAUCAGACAUACUGCAGCCCGUAACAAAUGCAACAGAGCCCGAUUUCAAGUCCAAAGACUGGGUCUUCUUGAACUACACCUACAAGCGCUUCGAGGGCCUGACGCAGCGAGGCACCAUCCCCACCUACAUGAAGGCGGGAAAGGCCUGAGAAGGUGGGCACAGAGGAGGAGGAGGACCACAUGCCCAGAGAGAGCCAAGGAAGGGAGGCCGAGUGGAGCAAAGUAUCAGACAAGAACGGAGAGAGAGAGGGAGAGGUGCUGGAGGUGAGGUGAGGGGAGGUGAGGUGGGGCAGAGAUGCUUUUACAUAAGAAUUGACACCCGUGGGUGAGACGCAAGCAGCCAGUCCCCGUUUGUUGUGUUGUGGUGCAGGGGCGUAGUGUACAUUAGUGUGGCUGUCUCCCGCUACUUUUCAAUACCCGCCUAAGCCCCCUGUGUCAACUCCCUCUGCCGAUCCCACCGCAAUCCCUUCAGUGGGAGAAAAAGAAGAGAUACAAAUAUAAAUAUAUAUUUAUAAGCACGGGCCAACGCAAAACCUGGAAAAGCUCGCUUACAACAGCGUUACCAUGGCAACAGGAAGUUUAACCCCGCGUGCCCACUUUGACGUAUAUUCCUCUGCUCUGCGAGAGAGAGAGAGAGAGAGAGAGAGAGAGAGAGAGAGAGAGAGAGAGAGAGAGACUGGCCACCCGCCCACACACACACAAACAAAUCUUUGCCAACGCCUCCCAGCUAAAACAAAAAAAAAUAUAAUCAAAUUGGAGGUCUCCGUUUUUAGAUGUAGAGUUAACCGUGUAUCCUCUCCUCUCCUGUCCUUUAGUGCGUAGAGCUGCCAUGGUGCUGCUACUGCUGGGUGCUGGCUAUUCUAACUGGUCCACACAGGGUCACAACACACUGUAUUCUUAAAGCUUUCUAUACAGGGUCUUGGCAUAGCCUUACAAUGUGGUAUCUUCACUCACAGCACUCCUGCAGUUCAGAUGUAUCCUGCCCCCCACACCCACCUUUUAUCCGUCUCCUUGUGGAGAGAAAUAGAAAUGUUUAGACUGAAGGAAAAAAGAGUAUUGACUUGGAGAGGACUGGCGACUUUUCUUUCUUUUUCUUCAUUUUAGAGCAGUGUUAAGAAGGCAGUGAUGGAAACACGCAGACAAAAAUAGGUCAUUAGCCAUACAACCACCACUCAUCCGCCAUAUAACACUAACUUUGAAUUCAUAGUUGCUCUUUUAUGACAACGUGUGGCUGUUUCGCUGACAUGAGCAGCUGACUGGUUUGUUUGUUUGUGUGAUUUGAUGUUUCUAAAGUCACAUGUAGUGUGUUCUUACAAGGUAUGUGUGUUGGGGAGGCAGACAUAUAAAACUAUUCUAGUGGUAUCUAACCAUAGCUGUACACAGGGUAAGGUCAUUUUGUCUGCUAGUGCUCUCCAGCUUUGAAGCUAGCACGCUCUUUGUGUCAAAGUUCUUUUACUUUAUUUUGCAAAUGUUGUGUCAUCUACACAUUAAAAGAUUACAGAAAUCUAUAAAUAACGACACUAAGCUCGGUUAUACUUUGUGCACUUCGAACCAGUGAAGGAAACUCAAGCAAAAGCAAAUAUUUAUAAAAACAAUCUUUUUAUAUAUACGUAUAUAUCGAACAAAGUAGAGAAAUUGCACUAAAAAAUGUUCUUAGAGUUAAACACCUCUAAAAGAAUUUCCAAGGCGAAAGAUUCAUCACCAGAUGAAACAAGCCAUUAUCUUGAAAAGUCCCAUGAAAUCCAGACAGUCACAAAGCCUUCAUUUGUGUAAUGUGUAAUGUUCUUUCUUCUUUUUUCAUUUAAUGACUUUUUUUGUCAGAUUUUUUUUGUUUGUUUUGUAAGAUGUACACAACAACACUGUCUUCGUUCAUCCCUUACUGUGUUGCAUCAUUGUGAGUGUGCCAUUUUUGUGUUUCUGCAUGAACAGCCAACUGCUCGCUGCCCCUGUCGUGCCAAAAAAGCGAGUCCCUUCCAGAAAACGAGUGACUUCACGGAUUCACUGUAGUCCAGAGUUACAGGGGGGGCAAUCCAUGAAGUCACUCGUUUUCUGGCAGGGACUCGCUUUUUGGCACGACACCCCCAAUGGAUUAACUUUACCUCAUUGUUGUAAAAAAGGGAGUCCUGUUUAGCCACACUGUAGCCAAGAAUUGUGUUCAUGUGUGUGUAGAUGAAUAAGACAAGAAUAUUGUUUAAGAAAAAAAUAAGCUGAGGUAAAUUAAUAUAUUUAUAGCUAAAGAUCAUUUCAUGUCUACUGACCAUGGGAGGACAAGAGGAAUAAAGAAAACUCAAUGAAGGAAAAAACGCGUCUUUG